GGGUCAAUUGGAUCGGACCACCCAAUCUUCCCAUCUGCUCAUUCUCCAUUUGUGACCAUGGACAACGGUGUGUCUAUUCCAUUCCAACUGCUCAAAUCACCUCAAAAAUCGAUUAGUUAUGUUCUUCAAAGAAUGACUAUCGGAGAUCUGUUCGUCCAAAAAUGGAAAUAAUCGUUUGCCCGGUCUCUCCAAUCCACAUGAAGCUCACCAGACGCCGUCCAAUCAUAUCUCCAUGAUUUGAAAUUAAUUUGAAAUUUCGAACGAUUUUAUAUUUUUAUUGCUUGAUAAAUUUGAGUUUUCUGUAAA